CCAGGAAACAGUGUUCAUUCAAGCAUGUCAAUAUCUCUGUCGUCUUUAAAGAAGUUUCACGGAAAAAGUGUUUUAUUUCAAAGAUUGUUUAUAUUUGUAAAAAAUAUAAGUGUCAAAGAUAUGUCUGGAAUCGAUGCGGGUAAAAAGGCGGCUGCCAUAGCCGCUGUCAACAAUCACAUCAAGGAUCAGCAGAUUGUGGGUAUCGGUAGUGGAACAACAGUUGUCAGUGCAGUACAGAGAAUAGUGGAACGAGUGAAGGCAGAAAACCUGAAGCUCAUAUGCAUUCCAACAUCAUUCCAGGCAAAGCAGCUAAUAGUUGACAAUAACCUCACUCUUGGAACAUUGGAGCAGUACCCUGAGUUGGAUGUGGCAAUUGACGGGGCAGAUGAGGUUGAUUCAAACCUCGUGUGCAUUAAGGGUGGAGGUGGCUGCUUGACGCAGGAGAAAAUAGUGGCCAGCUGUGCUAAGGAAUUCAUCGUUAUUGCUGAUGAAAGGAAGGAUGUGGCUGCCCUUGGAACAACUUGGAAGAAAGGCGUACCUCUGGAGGUUGUGGAUUUAGCUUACCGACCAGUACAGAUACACAUUGAGCGUCUCUUAGGAGGAUCAGCCAAGCUGCGCCUGGCUACACAGAAAAUGGGUCCAGUAGUGACGGACAAUGGAAACUUCAUCAUAGACUGGGUGUUUGACAGGCCCGGGGACUGGAACCAGAUCAACACCACUCUCAAAAUGAUCCCCGGUGUGGUAGAGACAGGCCUAUUUGUGAACAUGGCAAAGAAAGCCUACUUUGGGAAGGCAGAUGGUUCUGUACAAGUUCGGGAGCCACAAGUUCAGAACAAUGUCUGAUGAUUAUCUUGUCUUGAAAAAACAUAUUUGAAUUAACAGCGAUCUGAUUUUUCCACUGCUUUUCUUGAACUUCAGUACAUUGCCGGUGAUUUAGCGAUUGCUACAGAUUUAGAUUCUGUGUUUUUAUCGUAGUUAUAGUUGAUAUCAUCUCAGAUAAGCAGUGACUGUUAACUUAAUAUUCUAGCUAGUACUAACAAUUGUAUUGGAUAUAUUUCAAUGAAUUUACUCAGAAAUGUGAAGCGAAAGUUAUAUGAAAGACCGUACCUUAAAAAAGUAACAAUAUAUGUUAAAUGUUAUAUCCAAAUUGUUUGUGUGUUUGUAUCAAUGUUUGAUUUGCCAGAAAUAAGGUCAUUUUCUCUGAUAAUCAUGUUUUAAUUGAGAUUUGAUAUGCUAGAGUUCCUCCACUAUUGAAACAUUGCCAUCCCCAUUGUGUCAGUAUUUGAAAUGCAUUUUUCACAAGAUCUUACCAAAUAAUCCAGAUCUUCAUAGGAAUCAUGUAAUGAUGUUGUCGGUCAUCGUCACUCUUUCAUUCUCUUUCUUUUAAAAUAUUUCUUCUCCAAUCUUGACAAAACUAGGCAGCAAUGCUUAUUGGCCUUAAAUCUUGGCUUAUUUUUAUUACCAGCUUGAUUGCCUUUGUCACUCUUAUGGUAUGGCUCCUGAAUAUUCAAGAUGAUUGACCUCCUGAUAUGUGACACAUGUGAGUCGCAAUAUUCUUGUUGGUUAAGCAAAUAAUUUUUGAAACAGAAAAGAUGUACAUUAUUCUUCGCUUAACAAUGGAAUACUAACAAUUGGCGGGAGCUUGGUGACCUACUUUCUGAUACAUAGGUACCAGUAGUGAGUACUCAGGAUCGUUGUGGUUUGUUGCUGCUUUUUUUUUUUUUCAAUGAAAGAUAAAAAAUAAUAUGUUUGUAUGGAAAUUAAAAAAAAUGUCAAAACAACACCAAUUAAAAACAAGUUGCCCUUGUUGUUGCAGGAGUGUUAGUUUAUGGAAAUGGAAAAAAUAGUACAGAUUAGUACAGAUAAGAUCAUGUUAGUUUAACUAUCUCAUACCUCUUCAGCUGUAAAUUUUGUUUGUGGUGCUGUUUGGGACUUUUUAUUAGAGUUUGAUUCUACCUCUUGCAUGAUAGAAUUUCAUUGUUUUCCAAGCUAUUUUACAUUUUAGGUUGUGUUCAUUAUUUGUGUUCAAUAUUUGCUAUUUGCUAGCCUUUGCCUCUUACUAUGUCACUGUGCUUCUGUCUUUUCAAUGAUGCAUGAAAAGUGCAAGACAUAUUGUUUUGUUAAAAUUGUUUUCUUUUCAGAAUAAAAUGAAUUCU